UAUUUUAAUUUCUGAUAAAAAUAAUAGUAUUAGAAGUGAAGUUGGGGUAAAUUGAGGAGGAGAAAGUGUUGAGCAUUUGGCAAGAAGAAAUCCACCCAUCCCAUAGAUUCCGUUGCUGAGUAGUAGCAAGCGUCUUCAUGAUAAUUUGAUUUGAUGAAGUUGGACCUAGAGAAUCAGAGAGAGAAGAAUAAUUAAUUAAUUAAUAAUGAUAAUCUGAAUUCAUUCAUCAAUCUAACUAUACAGAAUAGAUGGACACUCGCGCUCUCUCACUCUCACCACUUAUUCUUCAUUCAUUUGAAAACCCAACUUGUAUCCCUCGUUCACAUAACAACCACCAUUUUGUGAGACUAUUCUCUUCCAUUCACAUCAACCGUGUCUCCAAAACUCCACUAGCCAUUCAGAAUCCUUCUCCCACCAUUCCUACACCGGAUAAUGGUAAACUCACAACUCCCACUCUCAAACAAUUAUGUCAAACUCAUGUACCCGACCAAAUACUGCUAAGGAUGGAAGAGGUUGGAUAUGUCAUGCCUACAGAGGUCCAGAGGCAAGCAUUGCCUCGUCUUUUUACCGGCCGUGACUGCAUUCUUCAUGCUCAGACAGGUUCUGGGAAGACACUUACGUACUUGCUUUUGAUCUAUUCCAUCAUCAACACUAGAAAAUCUGCUGUUCAAGCACUAGUUUUGGUGCCCACCCGUGAACUUGGCAUGCAAGUUACUAAGGUUGCUAGGAUACUGGCAGCAAAGCCAACUGGAGUUGAAGGGGAGCAGAAGUCAUGUACCAUCAUGGCUUUGUUAGAUGGAGGAACAUUGAGAAGGCAGAAAACCUGGUUUAAGGCAGAGCCUCCAGCAGUAGUAGUUGCAACAGUUGGGAGUUUGUGCCAAAUGCUUGAAAGACAACUUUUUUCACUUGGAACCUUGCGGGUGUUGGUUGUUGAUGAGGUUGACUUCCUUUUCAAUUCUUCAAAGCAAGCUAGUUCUCUUCGGAAGAUUUUGACCACAUAUUCAUCUUGUAACAAUCGUCAGACAGUUUUUGCCAGUGCAUCUAUACCACAUCACAAUCGAUUUCUUCAUGAUGCUGUGCAGCAGAAAUGGACCAAGAGGGAUGUGAUCCAUAUUCAUGUUAGUCCGGUGGAGCCCAUGCCAUCUCGCCUAUAUCAUAGAUUCAUAGUAUGUGAUACGAAAAGAAAACUACAAACCUUGUUAUCCUUGAUUCAAUCUGAUGCUCCUGAGUCUGGCAUUAUAUUCGUUGGUGAGCAGUCCGAGAAGUCGAAAAAGGCUGGAAAUGCUCCAUCCACAUCCCUUCUGAUUGACUUUCUAAAGGCAUCAUAUCAUGGAUCUUUAGAUAUCCUCCUCCUCGAAGAUGACAUGAAUUUCAAUUCACGAGCAGCUUCUCUGUUGGAAGUUAGAAAAGGUGGUGGCUAUCUUCUAGUGGCAACAGAUGUAGCUGCUAGAGGAGUUGAUUUUCCAGAAAUGACUCACAUAUACAACUUUGAUCUGCCAAAAAAUGCCAUAGAUUAUCUUCAUCGAGCAGGGAGGACAUGUAGAAAACCCUUUUCGGACAUUAAUUGUAAUGUCACCAGCAUUAUAGUCCCUGAGGAGCGGUUUGUUCUGCAGAGAUAUGAAAAUGAGUUGAUGUUUGUCUGUGAAGAGCUUAUUCCAUAGACCUUCACAUUUUUUAAUCUGAUCAACUAUUAUGUAAUGUGCCUCAAAUUGUAUUUAUCUGAACAGUUUCCUCAUCUUUAAAAACUAUUUAUUUCUGAGAUACUCUUCAACAUGAGUGCUAAAAUGGUAGGGACCUUUUCUUUUAGACUCCUCUAUUGUAAGCCCUUAUUUUAGAUGAUACAGUAAGAUAUCUCAAUUAUUGAUGAUAUUGUAAUACAUUCAUGAUAUGAUUUGUUAUACAUGUGACUAUUAUCAAUUGUUAAUUUUCUUAUCAA